CUCCGCGCAUUCUGUACUUUUGCAAUCUCAUGAAUUCCCAACGGAUGGUGGAAGGACGCUUCACAUUUUGUGGAUUUCCAUUCAUCAAGAGCGUCACAUCAGAGCUUCUGUGUUGUAGGAGGGACUCAUCUCCGCGGGACUCUGCUGAGCCCAAUGAUGAAGUCGCGGGCAGGCGCCAUGGCUCUACUGCUGCCCAUCAUCUUCUCCAUCAGUUUGGUCCAAGUGUGUCAUGGAGCUGCAAUUGCUGUUUCAUGUGGUUCCAUCUACAAGAGUUUUGCGCAGUGUUUGCUGACACUCGGGGACAGUUUGGUGGUAACACAAAAAGACCAGGACACGCAGGACAUUGACACAAUCUGCAGGUCCUGGAAUGACUUCCAUAAUUGUGCCAACACGGCCAUGUCUGGCUGUCCCAGAGAAGCAGCGACUGUGUGGGAGUCCCUCAGACAAGAAUCCAGGAAGGCUGAGUUUUCGGGAAACCUCUACAACAUGUGCGCCAGCCUCACCACCCUCGCACCCAGCACUGUGCCUGCACCCCUGACCCCUCCCACCUCGGAUCAGACCAACCAGGAAACACUGAAGGGGAGAACAUACCAAUGGGUCCCAUCUCUUACCACAAUGAUCUUUCUAACAUGCAGCACUUUGUUAGUGCUGCUCAGGAACUAGCAAUGGAUUCAAAUGUGGGAAUUUUCUUAAUUUUUGCUAAGAGACAUUCGUAUGACCACUUGUUAUACCAACAGACUGUACAUUAUCAUAUAUUUACUGUACAUUCUGACCCGAGUGCUGACAAAAAUGUAAUUGUGAAGCUACUCAAGAACAUAUACUGUAGGUGACCAGAUCAGGAGAAAAAUAAUACCAGCUUCGGAGAGAGGAUCCAAACACAUGAGCACAGAUCACAGAUCAGGAGCGUACGUAAUUAGGUCUCAAUCCCAGAAUCUGAAUUUCCGAGACAGAGUCAGGAAGACUUAUUGUUACACUUGUUUCGGCUUUAAAAUGCACUUUAGCACGAUCAGAUUAAAUGCACCAUUCUCAGAGAGAAGCCUACCCAAAUGAAAGAGUUUUGCUCAAGAUAAAUGGACUGCAAACAGUUGCCAGCUUUUGACUGAACUGACUCUUUUCUGGCUGAUACGCUAACAAUGAAAAAAGUGAAUGUCAGUACAAACACUGUAUAAAUAUUGUUGUUAAUAUUUAUUGACACAAUUAUUUUUAUUUAUUCAGU